UAUACAGUUUCAAGAAUGGAAAAUGCAUAUGAUUAUAUAAAAAAGCCUCUGAAAUUACUUCUUUUAAAUAUUUUAGGUCUAAGUGGAAAUCCAGCAGAUAUAGAAAGAAGAGAAGCAGUGUUUGGGAAGAACUUUAUACCUCCUAAAAAGCCAAAAACAUUUCUUCAAUUAGUAUGGGAAGCACUACAGGAUGUUACCCUUAUUAUAUUAGAAAUUGCAGCCAUAGUAUCGUUGGGCCUUUCUUUUUACCAGCCUCCUGGAGGAAAUGAAGCACUAUGUGGAGCAGUGACUGUCGGUGAAGAAGAGGGUGAAGGUGAAACAGGUUGGAUUGAAGGAGCUGCAAUCCUCUUAUCUGUAGUGUGUGUGGUAUUGGUAACUGCUUUCAAUGACUGGAGUAAAGAGAAACAAUUUAGGGGGCUGCAGAGCCGCAUUGAACAAGAACAGAAGUUCACUGUCAUCAGAGGUGGACAAGUCAUCCAAAUACCAGUAGCUGACAUAAUUGUUGGGGAUAUUGCACAAGUAAAAUAUGGUGAUCUUCUGCCAGCUGAUGGUGUACUUAUUCAAGGAAAUGAUCUUAAAAUUGAUGAAAGCUCAUUGACUGGAGAAUCAGAUCAUGUUAAGAAGACUUUGGAUAAAGAUCCUAUGCUGCUGUCAGGUACCCAUGUGAUGGAAGGCUCUGGAAGGAUGGUGGUUACUGCUGUAGGAGUGAACUCUCAAACUGGAAUUAUAUUUACCUUACUUGGGGCUGGAGGAGAUGAUGAAGAGAAGGAGAAAAAGGACAAGAAAAGUAAAAAACAAGAUGGAGCUGUUGAGAAUCGUAACAAAGCCAAAGCUCAAGAUGGUGCAGCCAUGGAAAUGCAGCCCUUAAAAAGUGAAGAUGGUGGAGAUGGUGAUGAGAGAGACAAAAAGAAAGCAAACUUGCCAAAGAAAGAAAAAUCAGUUCUACAAGGCAAACUUACAAAGCUAGCAGUCCAGAUUGGCAAAGCAGGUUUGUUGAUGUCUGCAAUCACCGUCAUUAUCCUUAUCUUGUAUUUUGUAAUUGAUACCUUCUGGGUUCAGAAGCGACCGUGGCUUGCUGAAUGCACACCAAUUUAUAUUCAGUACUUUGUGAAGUUCUUCAUUAUUGGAGUUACAGUCUUGGUGGUGGCAGUACCAGAGGGUCUUCCACUUGCAGUCACUAUUUCACUGGCUUACUCUGUAAAGAAAAUGAUGAAAGAUAAUAAUUUGGUGAGACAUCUGGAUGCUUGUGAAACAAUGGGCAAUGCAACAGCCAUUUGCUCAGAUAAAACUGGAACAUUGACAAUGAACAGAAUGACAGUGGUCCAGGCUUAUAUCAGUGAAAAACAUUAUAAAAAAAUUCCAGAACCAGAUGCUAUUCCUGAAAAAACUUUGGCUUACCUUGUAACAGGAAUUUCCGUUAAUUGUGCUUAUACUUCCAAAAUACUGCCUCCUGAAAAAGAAGGUGGCCUACCACGUCAUGUUGGUAAUAAAACAGAAUGUGCCUUGUUGGGAUUGCUUCUGGAUUUAAAACGAGAUUAUCAGGACAUAAGGAAUGAAAUACCAGAAGAGGCACUGUACAAAGUAUACACCUUCAACUCAGUCAGAAAAUCAAUGAGUACAGUGUUAAAAAACUCUGAUGGCAGUUUUCGGGUAUUCAGCAAGGGUGCCUCUGAGAUAGUUCUUAAAAAAUGUUUCAAAAUAUUGAGUGCUAAUGGUGAACCAAAGGUAUUCAGACCUAGGGACCGUGAUGAUAUUGUAAAAACUGUGAUUGAACCUAUGGCCUCUGAGGGACUCAGAACUAUAUGUCUAGCAUUCAGAGACUUCCCAGCAGGAGAACCUGAGCCAGAGUGGGACAAUGAAAAUGAUAUUGUCACUGGUCUUACAUGCAUUGCUGUUGUAGGGAUUGAAGAUCCUGUGAGGCCUGAGGUCCCAGAUGCAAUAAAAAAAUGCCAGCGUGCUGGUAUAACAGUGCGCAUGGUCACUGGUGAUAACAUUAACACUGCUCGUGCUAUUGCUUCCAAAUGUGGCAUUCUGAAUCCUGGUGAAGACUUCUUAUGCAUAGAAGGCAAAGACUUCAACCGACGAAUACGCAAUGAAAAAGGAGAGAUAGAACAAGAGCGAAUAGAUAAGAUUUGGCCAAAACUUCGUGUUCUUGCAAGAUCUUCACCCACUGACAAACACACAUUGGUAAAAGGUAUAAUUGACAGCACUGUCUCAGAGCAGAGACAGGUUGUAGCUGUAACUGGAGAUGGUACUAAUGAUGGUCCAGCACUGAAGAAAGCAGAUGUUGGCUUUGCCAUGGGUAUUGCUGGAACAGAUGUAGCUAAAGAAGCUUCUGAUAUUAUUCUCACCGAUGAUAACUUCACAAGCAUUGUUAAAGCAGUUAUGUGGGGAAGAAAUGUUUACGACAGUAUCUCCAAAUUCCUUCAGUUCCAACUUACUGUUAAUGUUGUAGCAGUAAUUGUUGCUUUCACAGGAGCAUGUAUUACACAAGAUUCUCCACUGAAAGCUGUGCAGAUGUUGUGGGUAAAUCUCAUAAUGGACACAUUAGCAUCUCUUGCUCUGGCAACAGAACCACCUACUGAAUCUCUCUUGCUGCGGAAACCUUACGGUAGAAAUAAACCUCUGAUCUCUCGCACGAUGAUGAAAAAUAUUUUGGGUCAUGCAUUCUAUCAACUUGUGGUAGUCUUUACACUUCUGUUUGCCGGUGAGAGAAUUUUUGAUAUUGAUAGUGGAAGAAAUGCACCUCUGCAUGCUCCUCCUUCAGAACAUUACACUAUUGUAUUUAACACGUUUGUGAUGAUGCAACUCUUUAAUGAAAUCAAUGCCCGGAAAAUCCAUGGUGAAAGAAAUGUGUUUGAAGGAAUCUUCAAUAAUGUUAUCUUCUGUUCUAUUGUUCUGGGCACGUUUAUUGUGCAGGUAAUUAUUGUACAGUUUGGUGGGAAACCUUUCAGUUGUUCGAAGCUUACAGUAGAACAAUGGCUAUGGUCCGUUUUCCUGGGAAUGGGAACGCUACUCUGGGGCCAGCUGAUCUCAACAAUUCCAACCAGCCGUUUGAAAUUCCUUAAAGAAGCUGGGCAUGGAACACAGAAGGAGGAGAUUCCUGAAGAAGAGUUAGCAGAAGAUGUGGAAGAGAUUGAUCAUGCUGAAAGAGAAUUGCGUCGUGGUCAGAUCUUGUGGUUUAGGGGCCUGAACAGGAUACAAACUCAGAUGGAUGUAGUGAAUGCUUUCCAGAGUGGAAGUACCAUUCAGGGGGCUCUAAGGCGACAACCUUCCAUCGCCAGCCAGCAUCAUGAUAUCCGAGUGGUGAAUGCAUUUCGUAGUUCCUUAUAUGAAGGAUUAGAAAAACCUGAGACACGAAGUUCGAUUCACAAUUUUAUGACACAUCCUGAGUUUAGAAUAGAAGAUUCUGAGCCUCAUAUUCCACUUAUUGAUGAUACUGAUGCUGAAGACGAUGCUCCAACAAAACGCAACUCUACUCCUCCCCCUUCUCCCAACAAAAAUAACAAUGCGGUUGACAGUGGAAUUCACCUUACAACAGACAUGAACAAGUCUGCUACCUCUUCAUCCCCAGGGAGCCCACUACAUAGUUUGGAAACAUCACUCUGAUUGUAAGCUGAAUGUUACACACUAGCUGCAUUGUAAAGAAACAAAUUGAAACUGGGUCUUUUCACACAAUUGUGACGGACAAGAUAGUAGUCUUGUCCUGGACUUCAACAGAAGACACUUGUACGAAUGUAGAUUUAUUUUUUUAAAAGCUUUCUGCCAGACUUGAGGGUGCUUCUUGAGGGUGGGGGUAAUAAUGAACUCUGACAGAUAAACAGUAACUCAGCGUAAGUGACCUGCGGAUCAUCAGUUGUACUUAAUGGUCCUGAACAGUGUAUUGGAACUUCAGUUUAUCUUGAUCCUUUUGAGGGGAGGGCUGGUAAGGGCAAAGAAGCCCUGGAUCAUUGAGUUUAUACUUUAAUUUCUGCUGUUGGCUGUUAAUAAUUUGGAUUAUUUAUGUUAAAUGAUACAGAUCUGUUUACAAGGUUUGUAGAUACUUUUUUGUUCCUGUUCAUAGAUGGGAAGCUUCCUUAUAAAUGAUGCAGAGAAAAGAGAUUAGUCCUUCAAAUACUGCUGUAUUUUCAGGAAAAGGGUGUUUCUAUUGAAACUGUACUAAAUUUUGCCUGCAAUUUACUUUGUUAAAUAUUGUAGAUAAAUUGCUAAUACUAAUAGCCAAAUAGAUAACACUAAUGCUUUGUAAAAACCUGAGCAGUGGUGUUCUAAUGAAGUUAUGGCCUCUGUCCUAAUUAGUUUCUUAAAUACAUUUACUACUUAAUGGUUUUGAAACAACUGUUUAAUUUUUAAAAAUUUUGAGAAACUUACUGACUAACUUUUGCUCAGAAUUUAGUAGAGGAUUGUUUAAAUGCAGGACAUCAAUAUGUGAUGGAACUUGCUUGAAAUACUUUUGUUAUCUCAGGCAAAAUGGAUUAAAUCAAAAUACAUCAUAACCUUAGUCCUUUCUGUUUUUGUCUAAACAUGUUAGCGUAGUGCUGUCUUGGUGAAUUGUGAGUGGAACUGUUGAUUCCUCCUCCCUCCCUCCCCCCUCAAAAAAAAAUCUAUAGAAUCCUUCAUACAGCAUGAGGGCUGUUGGCAUUUUGAAAGGUUGUUGGUAGGUAGCAUACUUGUUUUCCUUUUUUUUAAUUUUUUAUUUUGUAAACAUAAAUCUGCCCUUUUAUUAAAAUAUGCAGCAAUGGUUUUUUACAGAUUUCUCAGCUUCACUGGAAACAUUGAAAAAGUAUACUUUUUAUUACUACUACAUUUAAACUACAAUUUAAAAUUUGAAAUUUAAACUACAAUUUCAAGAUGGUAACAGCCCCAUUAAAAAACACUUUUAUAAAUCAGAUGUUGGUGACUGCCCUGCAGAAUGGAUGUGAGUUAAGGCACCCAACAAAUUCCUCAAGUCAAAGGAAUACUGAUUGAUUGUGGCUGAAAUUAUCUCAGGGUGAAAAGACUUAAUGUGAGUAGUAAAUAAUGUAUUGUCUUUCAUUUUUGACUUACUGUAUAAAAAUCCAAAUAAAAUCAGGUUAGUUCAUGUGGGGUCAGCUGACAAGUGUUCACAUGUUCUUAGUGAAGCAAUAGUUUUUGGCACCAAAAUAUGACCUCCUAACAAUUGGGUGAAUAAAAGUCACAUUAUCUCCAUCAAUUGGACAGCUGGUCUGUGAAACAUACCCCCAACCCAGAAUCCCAUUCUUCCAUAGCUUUCUUCUUCUGCAUGUCACUUUUUUCACCUUGACUUGUAUCAUGGUUUGUUUUUAGCCAGUGGAACAAAUUCAGAGUGAGAAUCCUGGUGGUGAUUUAGUUCAGAUAAGUAGUCCAGAUUUAGACCUGGUUGACUGGGGGAGACUGCCUACAUCUUUAAAGAUUAGUGUUUUACUUUCUGGGCUAUGGCAGCAGGUGCCAUCAGGGUUCACACUAUUUCACAACUGAUUAGUUGUAGAUUAGGGAUCCUGCUGUAUGUCUGAACCUUAAAGGUAGACGCUAGUUGCCCACAUGGUAGAAAAGUGCAUAAAGUAUUGAAGGAAUCAUGGUAGUAAUGAAUGGACAAAGGAAAACUCAUGGUUAGAAAGGCAUUUAAAAUUAGAAUGAGAAGACUGCUCUGAGU